AUGUUAUUUUUUGUUAAAUAUUAAAUAGCUAUUAUUUUUUAUUUUCGUUGUUUUUUUGUUGUCAAAAUGGAAGUUAUAGAAGAUGGAAAUAUUAUGGAUAGGAUUCCUAUUCUAUUGCAAAGAGAUUUUCAGUAUUACCAGGAAAAACAAACUGUCUUAUCUGAAAAAAUAUGUCAAGGUGUGGUCGGUGGGAGAUUGGAUUUUCCAAGGAAUGCUUCAUUUGCUGCAGUCAAAAUUGUUUUGUGGUUAGAAGAGGAAUUUCAAAUUGCAUUCAAUCAAGGAUCUGGAAUGUUUGUUAAAAUAGAUGGUGAGAAUCGUAUUGGUGGUGUAGUCAAGACCUCGGAUCCGGAAAAAUUCGUGCAACUGGCUGUAAAAGCUGGUGACUUUUUACUUGAACAUCUUCAUACUCUCGCGCAAGAAGCACUCGACCACGCAGAUCUUCCAGUGUUAACAGCCACACUGGGAGCUGCCGCGUUACUUAAAAACACUUUCUAUUACUAUGUCCAACAUGUAGAAGAAAGUGGCAACACUGAAAGGCAUUCGAGAUUACAGGCAUGUUACAAGAGAUACGUGACAAUGUCGGAAGCUGUAGGCGAGAGAGUGUUAGAUUUGCACAACCGAGUCCUGUCUCUGUACAUUCUGCAAGACGCUGGAGGCCGGCCUAUAGAGGACCAGCGUCCUGUCGCUACAGGCACGCCCUCUGUGCAAGGAUGGUGGCUCUAUAUGAACGGUAUUCGAAAAGAUUUGUGGGACACUGUACCUCCCAGAAUGGCACAAAGAAUAUUUGCUGGAAUGCUCAAUGAAACAUUAACUAUACUCACAGUGAGAUAUUGUCAGACGAAUACCUCAGAUUCAACAACACCAUUAUUGUUAAACGAUAUUCUAAACAUAUUGCUCUGCGUGGCUCAACUGUUGCCGUGUAUUGGGGGGUGUGGCGCGCACGUGGCGGGGCUGGGGGCGGGGCCGGGGGCGGGGGCGGGGCUGGGGGCGGGGCCGGGGGCGGGGCCGGGGGCGGGGCAGCGUGACGUACGUGAUCUGCACGCAAAGUGCAACGAACUCUUCAAAUGUAUGAUAUAUAGGGGAGCUGAGUUGCAUUUUUUAUAUCAAGUAUUCAAAGAAAGAGAUGAAGACAUUAGAGUAGAGGAUUGUCCUUAUCCGUGGUAUACAUUUGUUAGUCCGAAUUUAUUCGACAACUUCGAAAACUUCAACAUAAAGCACACAAAAGAUUUACAGGACAAAACUGCGAUUUCAUUAGAGCUUCUUGUAUUAUUAGCACAGCCGCAGCCAUCUUGGACUUUAUUAGUAAAAGUAUUAAUGAUGCGUGAGUGUCGUAUAGCACGAUUAUUGUUACACCAUGGAGUACGUAAUAUGUCUGUUGAGAAUGCGCGCUGGCCCGCAAAUGGUCUCUGGUACAAUACUGAAGAGAGAAAGAAAUGUGAUGGGUUUCUGUGUACCGCUGAUGGUUUUUGUACAUAUAGAAGUGAUGGUGCUGUGGACGUGGAAUACGCUCGUAGCGUGGGCGCACUGACCAACAUAUUGGCCACAGUGGGCAGUAGAGCUGAGCUCAAGUCCACUCUAUGUUACGCUUUGGAACUCUCUGGUCGGGACUGGGCCUCGUGUUUGGAUAAACGUCAAGUAUGGUGUGACCGACGUCCGCCAUGGCUGGCCGGUAUACUGGCCAUCGUAGGCACUGCGCUGCAGUUCUUGCCUCCAAUCUUAGUGAAUGCCAUACAAAGUGGAGCCUCAAUGUAUCAGACGAUGUCUCUGUGUUUGAGUUGCAUAUCGAGGUCUUUAGACUGCAUACCGCGGUGCUUUACGAACGCUGCUGAUGUCAUAGAGGGUACAUUACCAUCCAACGUGAACCCUGUUGGCGGCUCAGUGAUGCUGCAGAUGUUGAUCACCAUCACAUAUGAGGAACUACAGAAGUGGGCAAAGAAAGAAGUCAUUAAAGAAAAAACUGUUGGAAACGGCGAAGCGCAUAAUUUAAACGCAAAACAAAAUAGAGCUAAAGUCAAACAUGUCAGGAUACGGACUCUCGCCACUUCAAAUCCAUCCAGUUCAGUGAGUUUCGACGCGGCUCAUAGUACUCCGUCAUCGAUAGCACUCGCUAUAGCAGAAGCGCUUUGCUCCAUUGAUGAAGAUGAUAAACAUACGCAAGAGAUACAGACUCUAGUUGCACAAACUAAACAAACGUUUAAGUUAUCUGAUCAGUUUGGAUUAGAAGAUUUUCCUGAGUUUGCUGAAUUUUUUGAAGAGGGUAGCGUACCAGCUAGUAACGCGGAGAGAGAUAGCGAUGCCGCCAUCUUGACUAACCAAAUAUUGAUGACGUCAUCAGGACGAGAUAGUCUAAGAGUAAUGUAUGAUCAUCUUCAGCUGCAUUCAGAAUGGAUAUACAAAGAGUUGGGUGUCCAAGAGACUUGUGACGUAGACAUACCAUUGAACAAAGCGCCUCUGUUGUACAUCAUGUUUCACAUUGGACGAAGACCAUUUGAUCAGUUUCUCAGAGGUGAGUGGGCGAUGCCGUGGAGCAAGUUAGUGCGUGUGGCGGCCGCUUGGUCCGGAGUAGAGGGCGCUAGAGUGCACAUCAACAGACGUUCCGAUGUACGCAACGUGAAGACGCACGGCAAAUGUAACAAGCAGCUAUUGGAAUUGUACAGCAUAUUUAAAGUACCACAUGAAGGUCUUCUAUGAAAAAUACUCCAAGGAAGAAAAAUAAAACAUUACGGGAAAAUAGUUAUGUGCAUCUAAACUAGAUGGCGUUAAUUCUAAUAAAGAAAA